AGUAAUAAAAAAAAUUUGCAUACCAAUCGAAAUUGGUCGUUUUGCGUAUUUAAAUUACCAGUCCAUAUCCAGAAUUGAUAAUCGGUAAAAAUUUCGGCACGAAAUCAAUGAGUUAAAUUUGCUCUGCUUUAGUAAUGAAGGUCAACUUGAUACUCACAGUCAUCGUGAUGAUGGCUACCCAAAUCCAAGGCUACGUUCAACAAGUAAAUCUGCCGCCGUCGGAGGAGUCCUACAAAAUAUUGUUCAUGGUGCCUGGGAACUUCCCCAGUCAUGUGAAAAUAAUCCUUACGGUUGCCACAGCCCUCGCUGACCGAGGGCAUCAGAUCUCGGUGAUCGGCGGCUCACUCGCUACUCAGCAUCCCAACAUCACAUAUUUAUACAACCCCGAUUUCAGUGAAGCCAUUAAAAAGUAUAAAUAUUUUGAUACCGCUGGCGAUGGCUGGAAGCACAUAGAGCACACGAGGAAUCUGAUCGCUUCUGCUUUUGAAUCUGCGUACGCAUCCGAGGAGUUCAUGGAUGUUUACCGACGGCGGAAAGAAUUUGACCUCAUGGUGGUCGAUCAUUUGGCCUUAAUUGGCCUGGCACCAUUCCUGCAUGAGAGUCCCUUCAUAAUAUACUGUACGACGAUGUUGAAUCCACUGCAAAGCGCCAACAUUGGCAACAUUCACAGUCCCGCAGUUCUGUCGAGUUCCGUAACAGACUACAGGCAACCGUACUCAGCUUUGGACCGCUUGAGAAAUCUUUUCGCGACCCUGGCGUUCGCUGUUAUUUGGAGUAUUAUCCUGAGAUCAAAAGUCGACUCUGAAGUGAUUUCCAAGCGGUUUCCUGAUGUGCCAUCUUCGUACGAGCUGGAAAAGAAUGCAAGUCUUACUCUAAUAAAUACUCACUUCUCGCUCGACGGGCCAAUUCCUCUGUUGCCCAACCAAGUCAUGGUCGCCGGCAUGCUGCUGCGACCCGAGCGUCCUCUACCAGAGAAAAUCGACAGCUUUGUUCGAGGCAACGCUUCAACGAUCCUGUUUAGCACGGGCACUUUCAUUCGUCUGAACACUAUGCCAAAGAAGUUAAAGGAAAUGUUCUUCUCGGUCUUUUCAAAGUUGCCGUACAAAAUCGUUAUGAAGUAUCACGCUGAACCAGGGGAGUUUACAAAUGUAACAAAUAUUCACUUCUUGGACUGGAUACCUCAGAGUGACAUAUUAGCCCACGCCAACACGAAGCUGUUCAUCAGCCACUGCGGUGUCAACGGUGUUCAAGAGGCCGUCUAUUACGGAGUGCCGAUGAUAUGCAUUCCUGUGCAGGGAGACCAUCAUAAAAUGGCUGAAAUGGUUCAUCAUAGAGGCCUGGGAAUACGACUAGAAUGGAAGAAAUUUUCAGAAGAGAUCCUAAAUCAAUCAAUCCAUGAAAUAAUAACAAAUACCAGCUACCGAGACAAAGUUCAUGAAGUUUCAUUGAUGUGGAGGGACCAGAUGGAAAGUCCCCUGCAAAGAGCCGUAUACUGGGUGGAAUACGUUGCUAGGUUCAGAGGUGCACCGCAUCUCAGAUCUCCAGCCAUGGAUUUGAGUUUGAUACAGAUAUUCUAUUUGGAUUUGCUACUUGUAAUUCAUUUAUUUAUGUACGUGACGUAUAGAAUUGUAUUCCGACGACCAAGUUUCCAUUUCAGCUCGAUGUAUCGAAAUUUGAAGAGAUUCUUUGGUUUCAGCCAAGAAGGAGCUCGGUUGAAAAUAGAGUAGUGUUUCACAAAGCAUAACUGUAGCUGCGAGCAUUAUUGAACGUGUUUAGCUUCUUCUUGUAUAUGAAAACUUGAAAGUUGAUUAUUUUGGCUGAAAUAAAACGGAAUUGUCCAUUAGAAAAAGGCUAGUUGGACGGAAUCAAAGCAUCCUUUAAUAUCAGUGUCCCUGCAUGCUGAAGUCUAGCCUGCACGUUAGCUACCCUGCAUGCUGAAGUCUAGCCUGCACGUUAGCUACCAUGAAGUCUUGCUGACAUUUGCUGUACUGUUUAUACAUUAACGUCGUCGACUUAAAGUGCAUAACUUACUCCCGCCACCUAUCAAUGUUAUCAAUUCUGAUGCUCUUUAUUGGAAAGAAAUUUGCCAUAGCAAGCAUUUGAAUCCUAAUUAUAGGAAUUUUAUUACUUUUUCGGUAAAAUUAUUUACCGAAAAAGUAAUUCACGAGUUUAUUUAACUGCAAUCUUUUAGCAUGAAAAUUGCCAAAGAUAGCCAAGCCCCAAAAACAGCAGAUCAGUGGUCAUGACUGGCAGGAGCGAUUGAGGUGAAAUGAGAUUGAAAUUGAAUAGCACAGCCAACCGAAAAUAUUAUAUGAAUAUAGCCGGUGCAUGCGUAGCGAAUGAUCGUUUUCAAUAUUAUUUAUUUAUAAGUGGUCGAUAAACAUUCAUUCAACAGUGACACAUCAAUUAUCAGUGUUCACUUUUAAAAAUUUAACAUGAUAGUCAAAAAUACGUUCAGAAAUUCUUUCCAUACAUGAACGGUGAUUAGUUAUAAUAUUGUACUACAGAAGUGUUAACACUAUGACCCAAAUUCUUUCCAAGUAAAUGUUUUAUGACAUUUGUAUUAUAUGGUACCAACGAUCAUCCUAGGAACUGCCCUUGAAACUGGGGAAACUCACAACUGUAAAGUUCACCCAUGGGUGGUGUGGAUGCGCAUUUUUUUAUUCUUUAUGCCCAGAUUUUUUAGUUAUUUUCAUCUGAAAAAUAUUAUUCUUUAUUUAUUAGCGUUGCAGUUAAAUAAAUGAUGGCACGCAGUUGUGUGCUUGACUUUU